AUGAGCGAGGACUAUUUCUCAGGGAAGGGAAAGGCUCCGAUGUCAUCGGAGCCUAGAGAAUCAGAUGACAAAUCCGACAGCAAUAACUUGCCAGCGGACGGCCCUAGCAACAUCAAAUCCAUGACGGUCGGCAACGGGUUGACAUCGCGACACAUCGCGCAUGUCCAGAACAUGUUGAACAAUGAGUACGAUUCGGGAUACGGGGGCAGCAUUGCGGAUGCUGAUCAUCCUGGCAUGUCGUCCGCGGUCGGCAGCCCUCAGCACGGUCAACCACAAUCAGGGGCCAUUCACCAAAUGUGGUACAACCAGCAAAUGGCAUCUCUCAGCCGCUCGAUAGGAAAGGCACUCGAACUUCUCAAGGGACUCAGGGAGAUGAACGAAUCAUGGCCAGCUCACUAUCCUUCGGUGCAGCGUGCUGAUGUGUCUUCUCCAGAAAGACCACAGUCGCGGCCAGGCCUGGGCCACGCGUAUUCCACCAUGGGCGAUGUCGACAACAACGGCCCCGAGGCACCACCACCGCAGUUGCGACGAGCGAUGACCUCUCUGGAAGCGAAUGACGCCGAGUCGAGCCGAGCCGCGGAGAACCGGGUCCCCGAGCCACCUCGCCUCGUUACACCUCAGAUCGCGCAAGAGUUCUCCAUCCUGAAGCUUGACCUGAAGCUAGGCGCGCUGAGCCAGGUAGAGCUUGUUCACUCUCUGGAGAAGAACUCGAUCGCAUCCUUGUUGGAUGGCAAGAUCAGUACCAGUAUCAAGCAUCUCAUCUCGCUGCGAGAUCGUAUCUCCGAUACUGCCAGCAAAGUCCUCAUCACCGGAGACUUGAACGCUGGAAAGUCUACAUUCUGCAAUGCUCUGCUGCGCCGCAAGGUUCUCCCCGAAGAUCAACAACCAUGCACGUCAAUCUUUUGCGAGGUGUUGGACGCUCGCGAGAACUCGAACGUCGAGGAAGUACAUGCCGUGCACAAUGGAAGCGUCUAUGACCGGAUUGAUGAGUCGACAUAUGACGUCUAUUCGCUACAAGAAUUGGAGAAGAUUGUGGUGGACAACGACAAAUACACCCAAUGCAAAGUGUAUGUGAAGGACUCGCGGACGAUUGAUGAAUCACUACUCAACAACGGGGUGGUCGACAUCGCGCUCAUCGACGCCCCUGGUCUCAACUCGGACACGACGAAAACGACGGCUAUCUUCGCACGACAAGAGGAAAUUGAUGUGGUUGUCUUCGUCGUUUCUGCGGCAAAUCACUUUACACAGUCAGCCAAGGAAUUCAUCUGGGCGGCUGCGGCGGAAAAAGCGUACAUCUUCAUUGUCGUCAACGGAUAUGACACGAUUCGUGACAAGGAGCGAUGCAAGAAGCUGGUGCUCGACCAGGUCUCGGGGUUGAGUCCACGCACGCACAAGGAGUCAGACGAGCUCGUGCACUUUGUGUCGAGCAAUGCAGUACCAGUUGGUGGACCGGGUGGAAGCGGAGGCGACGGGGACGACGAUCCGGAUGAUGGUGACAAGGGCAAGGGCAAGGCCGACGCUGCGGACAAGGUACGCGACUUUGAGGCGGCUGAACAGUCGUUGCGGAGAUUCGUCCUGGAAAAGCGCGCUCGUUCCAAGCUCGCUCCGGCGCGGACCUACUUGCUGAAUAUCCUGAACGACGUCCACACGCUAGCGUCCGUCAAUUACGGUGUUGCGCAGUCUGAACUGGAUCGUGUACGGCGCGAGUUGAAGGAGAUUGAGCCUCAGCUUGAUUCUAGCAGGAAAGCCCGAAACGAGGUUAGCGACCAGAUUGAUCACAACAUCGAGGAGACGUGCAAGGAGGUUUACGACAACACGCGAUCUGAACUGACGUCGUCUAUCGAAUACGCCGGGAACUACAGCUACGACUUGCCUUAUCCUGGUCUCUUUGGCGCAUUCCAGUAUGCGGAGGAUCUGAAGGCGGCCAUGCUUUCUCACAUUACUCAAACAGUCGCCAAGUGCGAGGACUUUGCCAGGGCCAAGUCAGUACAGGGUGUCAACGCCACAAAGCAACUUGGAAUACUGCACGUUGGUGAUGAGUUCAAGAACCUCAAGUUCCUGCCCGACGUCAUGUUUCAGCGAAAGAAGGACGCCUUAGCUCGUCAGGUGGACAUCCCAACAGAGCUCUGGGACUUUGUUGAUUGGACAACGCUUUUGCAGCGACAGGAGAAGUUUGCCGGUACUGGCAUGGCGCUCACUGUCGCCGGUGCCGUGGUCCCUCGCAUGAUUGGUAUGAGCUCUUGGGUGGACCAGGCGCUCAUGGCCACACGCUUGGUGGGCAGCGGCAACUUGAGGACCCUUGUGAUACCAGGUCUUCUCGUUGCAGUGUUUGCCGCAUCCGCCUAUGUUGUGCAACAGAUUCCCAACUCCCUGCCGCCGCGCCUCGCCAACAAAAUCUCAGCCCAGCUUGCUGAGCUCGACUACGUCCACAGCAACUCCACACGUAUCGCCACGGCCGUGCGCCGUGUGCUCCGGGUUCCUGCCGACAAUCUCCGUGUCGGCCUAGAGCAGAGCGUGAAGGAACUCGGCGACCGCCGUGAGGAGACGAUCAAGGUCAAGGGCGAAAGCGAGCGGGCAUCCAAGUACUUCUCCAACCUGGUGCGCUCCAGCGAGAGCCAGAGGAACGACGUGCUUGCCAUUGACCUAGAUGCGCUACCUCACGGACAAGUGCAGUGA